UCCUCCCUACACGUAGGCUCACGCGCCUGCUCUCUCCUCUCUUUCUCUCUCAGAAUGACACCUCUAGGUAUUGCUUUGGGUAUGGUUUUCUAUUUACUUCAAGCCGUUUCUGGAGAAAGUGGCUAUGCAGAGAAUGGAGACUUUGACGAUGCAGAAAUGGAUGACUACUCAUUCUCGUGCUACAGUCAGCUGGAAGUGGAUGGAUCCCAGCACUUGCUGACCUGUGCAUUUGACGACCCGGACGUCAACAGCACCAAUAUGGAAUUUGAAAUAUGUGGGGCCCUUUUGGAGGUAGAUUGCCUGAGUUUUAAUAAACUGCAAGGGAUGUAUCUCAUCAAGACAAAGAAAUUCUUACUGAUUGGAGACAGUAAAAUAUGUGUGAAGCUUGGAAGAAAAAGCAUGACUUGCAAAAAAAUGAACAUAGUCAAAAUAGUUAAACCUGAGGCUCCUUUUGACGUAAGAGUCAUCUAUCGCAAGGGAGCAAAUGACUUUGAGGUGACAUUUAAUACAUCGCACUUACAAAAGAAGUAUGUGAAAGAAUUAAUGCAUGAGGUAGCCUACCGUCAGGAAAAAAAUGAAAAUGAUUGGAUGCACAUGAAUUUAUCCAGUACAAAGUUGAUGCUCCUGCAGAGAAAGCUACAACCCAAUGCAAUGUAUGAGAUUAAAGUUCGGUCCAUCCCUAACACCAACUAUUUUGAAGGCUUCUGGAGUGAAUGGAGUCCAAGUUUCCACUUCAGAACACCAGAGACCAAUGGCCCAGGGGAGAUGGAUCCUGUUUUACUAAUUAUCAUCAUUCUGAGUUUCUUCUCUGUGGCUCUGAUGGUCGUUCUGGCCUGUGUGUUGUGGGAAAAAAGAAUCAAGCCUAUCAUAUGGCCCAGUCUCCCUGAUCAUAAGAAGACUCUGGAACAACUGUGCAAGAAACCAAAAAAAAAUUUGAAUGUGAGUUUCAAUCCUGAAAGUUUCCUGGACUGCCAGAUUCAUAAGGUGGAUGGCAUUCAAGCUAGAGACGAAGCAGAAGGCUUUCUGCAAGAUCCUCUUCCUCCACAGCUAGAGGAGACUGAGAAGCAGAGGCUCGGAGGGGGUAUGCAGGGCCCCAACUGGCCCUCCGAGCAUGUAGGCAUCAGCCCAAAAACUUUCAGAGGAGAGUCAUCAUUCAGGUGCCUGGCUGGGAACAUCAGUGUGUGUGAUGCCCCUGGGCUCCCCUUCUCCAGGUCCCCAGAUUGCAAGGAAGGUGGCAAGAAUGGGCCUCUCCUGUACCAAGACCUGCUGCUUGGCCCUGGAACUACAAACAGCACCCUGCCCCCUCUGUUUCCAUUCCAACCCGGAACCCUGACAUUGAACCCUGCUGCCCAGGGACAGUCCAUCCUCACUUCCUUGGGAUCAAGUCAAGAAGAAGCCUAUGUCACCAUGUCCAGCUUCUACCAAAACCAGUGAAUUGCAAGAAAUCGAUGGCCAGAACCAUCAUGAUGAACAGAGAUAACCGAGUCCCACUCUCGCUCACAGCACAAAGAAGACAAAAUGAAAGCAGCCCCUCGACGUGGUCCACAGGAUUCUGAAACAGUGUUUUGACCACACCUCCCUGCUUCAGUGGCAAGAGACAGGAGGCAGGGGCAUUCUGCUUCAGGCAAUGCAAUGAUUCAUUUAUUUCAGAAAGGAAAAAAAGCAGAAAAGAGUGAAAGAAAGGGUGGAGGAAAAGAUGGAAGGGUGGGGAGGGCAAAAGGGAGCAACGGAAGAAAGAAGGAGAGGAGAAUUAGAAUAAGAGAUACCAUUAUCAGGAAUCACUAUGUACAAUGCUGUGCUACACGCUCUACACAUCUUUUCGCACCGCAUCCUCACAAUAAUCCUGGGAGGUGGGUGCGAUUAGUAUCAUUCUCUAUGUUACAGAUGAUGAAACUGUAGCUUAAAUUAGCUUAUCCAUGCUCCCCACUCAGCAAGGAAUAGAAUCAAGAUUUGCUGCCCAGGAGUCUAACUGCAUCUCCUCCAAGUCAUGUGCCUUCCUCUUAACUAGGGACUGUCCCACUCUCGAGCGCCAAACCUCACUUAGAACAGGGUGACUCUAUAAUGUAUUGUCCAAACUGGGUCACUUUUGCAAGUGAAAGGGGAAGUUAUAAAUAAUCACUCCAGGACAACAAGCGUAAACCGGGACAGUCCCAGGCAAAUGGGGACCUGUGGUCACCCGAACUGAAAAGGCUAGAAGGAAGACGGGGGCGGGAGGAAUGGCCUCAUGACAUAUGAGGCACCACGGCCAGCCAUGUCUACAGAGAGUGGAGAAGGUAAGACGGAGCCACAAAGACCAUUUUAUUCCAUUUUUCUGAAAAAGUGCUCAAGAGAGAAUCAACUAGAAGCCUGGAAUUUCUAUUUUUAGUUAUCCACUUGCUCCUCCCACCCAGGGGCAUCCAUUGAUGAUGGAAGAACUUGUUACUGACUCAGGACACUGGUGCGUUCGAGCCGUAAGCCAGGACAUAAUGUUUCUAUAUGUGUAGAGACUUCCCAACCCAAAUCCAUACACCAUCCCGAUUUCUAUCACCAUGAAUGUUGCCACAAAACUUCAGGGAGAAGGAAUUACAAGCCCAUGCAGUGAGUGAGUCGACUGUGGCCAUUUUCCCGAAGAUAUAGAGAACAUCUGACAUGGGUCCUCUUGCAUUUCUUGGUCCAGAUAAAUUUUUAAAGGCUGUCUCAAGCCAAAUCAAGGCAGCGAAGCAGUCUCAGCUCAGGGCAGUGCAGCCGAUGCCUCUACACAGGCCCCCAUACCAUCCCCAUCGCCACUCCGGGUGUACACAGAUCAGGAAGGACAUCAGUCCAGGAUUGAUAUUGUUGUUUGGGAGUUUGCCCUCAUUGUUGUUAUUUAUGUUUUGCCUUUUUUCUUUGUUGUGUUUUUAGUUUGUUUGGGGGGAGAUUAAGUGCUUUUAAUUUUUAAAAUUUUCUUUUUGGUUUUAUUUUGUGUCUGUGAAGUGAGUUUUAAAUAGUGGACUAAUAGACCUUAUCUGUUGCCUUAGAGACCUAAUGAUAAUCAGACUAGUUCAGUGUUGUACCUUCCAGUGCUUUUCUCUGAAUCACUAGCAAUGACUAUAGUCCCAUAAUCCCUUAGAUUUGCUCAGCACUUUUGUGAUUUUUCAAAGCACCUCUGUAAGCAUUACCCCUUCCGUUUUCUUGACAAGUAUUUAUGGAAAGCUUGCUCUGUGCCAACCACAGCAGUAGGCUGGGAGGUCUAAGACAAACAAGGUUGGGACCCUGCCCUCAUAAAGUGAAAAAUCUAAUGAAAGGUAGCUUGCAAACAAAUCAUUAUAACACAAAAUGCGGUCAUGGAGGCAUGUUCGAAGCUCCCUGCUGGAAGGCAGGCAGGGAAAAUGCCACAAGAGUGGUACACAUCUUUGUGGAAGAAAAGCAGAACCUGCCUGGCGUGAGAGCAGAAGACAUUUUCCACCAGGCAGAGGUCGGUUAUUUACCUUCUGUAGAAACGUGAGCCAAGUCUCGAGGAAGAGGUCAUCACAGGAAACCUCACGCCCAGCCCAGCCCUCUUGCAUCUUAUUCAUAGAGGUCCUAUGAAGUACUUACCAUUAUUAUCUUUGCCUGAUGUGAAAAUGGGGACACAGACAAGACAGGUAAGUUACUCGACCUUACAUGCUAAGUCAGGACUGGAAGCUGUAAGUUUGUAUCCCUCAUAUACAUAAACAAUCUCUCAAAGAAAGGAGGGGAUAGGUCUCAAGGAAGAUCAAGGUCCCUCCAGCUUUAAAAUCCUGUUAGCAUAGAUUAUCAUUUGAAUUCAGUGUGUGAAUGUCUGUCUGUUACCGGAGGUAUGUAAAAUCUGUGUAUCAUACUCUUAUAAUCAUAACUGCUGCUAAUGCCUGAUUAUAUACUGUAUAAUGUAUGAUUACAAAGUUGUUCUGACCAACCCUCUUUGGGAUUUCAUUAAGAAAGAAAAACUCCUGGUCAGAGACAGUGCAUAAAUUAGAGAUGUAAACUGCUAGUUCUAUAUGGUGUGAAAUGAAAAGAAAACUGAUAAGUAAUUUGGUCAAUUAAACAACCACGUCUGAAUAUAGGGCACCCUGGCUUAUUCUACUGACUUUCUACCAGCCUUUGCCUCUCCCUUCAUUCUCAUUUUCAGGGGAAUUUGCUUCAGAAAAGCCAAGUGUGGGCUCUUUCAGAUGUGCAUGCUUGUGUUUUCAGAGCAUUUGUAGAGAGGCUACAAGACUUAGAAUUGGUCAGGAAGGCAGUGAGCAUACGUGAUCAGACAGCUGGAAUGAUGGAGAUCAGAUGGCAUUUCUGCCAGUCCCGUUGUUUCUCUUCGGGGUUAUUCUUUAAAAUAUCCAUUGUUCACUACACCUAAAGUCUCUGAUUUGGCUGUGUACUUCCACAUGCAUUACAAACAUUUUGCAGUGCUGCUAAGUGUAUUAUAAGUAUCCAAUGUGUGUUACAGUCAUAUAUUUAAUUAAACACUAUGGAACUCUCUG